AUGUAUCCCGACUCAUUCGAGGGUUUCGCCAUCCCGGCGGCGGACCAAUACACGCAGCCGCGUCGGAUAGAGUUUAAGCCUAAGCCGUUCGGCGACUACGAUAUCGACGUCAAGAUCACAUGCUGCGGCGUAUGCGGUUCCGAUUUACACACAGCGACGGGAGGAUGGGGAAACGAAAACUGGCCCAUCAUCCCUGGUCAUGAGAUCAUCGGAACCGCAGUCAAGGUCGGUCCCAAAGUGACUUCGGUCAAGGUUGGCGACCGCGUGGGCGUAGGUGCCCAGAUCUCUGCCUGCUUGGACUGCGCGCAGUGCAACGAAGGCAAUGAGACAUACUGCAAGAAGCAGCAGGACACAUACAACUCGUUCUACCCCGACGGCACGCUCGCCCAGGGCGGCUACUCCUCGCACAUCCGCGCCCACGAGCACUUCACUUUUCCUAUCCCCGACACCCUCGCCUCCGAGCUCGCCGCGCCCAUGCUCUGCGCCGGUCUGACAGCCUACUCGCCACUCGUCCGCAACGGCAUCGGCCCAGGAAAGAAAGUCGGCAUCGUCGGCAUCGGCGGCAUCGGCCACUUCGGCAUCCUCUUCGCCAAGGCCCUCGGCGCCGAAGUCUGGGCCAUCUCGCGCGGCACCAGCAAACAGGCUGACGCACUCGCCAUGGGCGCGGACGGCUUCCUCGCCACCUCCUCACCCGGCUGGAACCUGCCGCACGAGAUGACGUUCGACAUGCUGCUCUGCACAGCGAGCGCCGACGACGGGUUCGACCUAUCCGCCUACCUGAGCCUGCUGCGCGUGCACGGGCGCUUCGUCAGCGUGGGCCUGCCCGAGGGCGAGGGCUGGCGGGUGCGGCCGAUGGCGCUGCUGGCGAACGGGUGCCUUAUCGGGGCGGCGCAUCUGGGCAGCCGGCAGGAGACGCUGGAGAUGCUGCGGCUGGCGGCGCAGAAGGGGAUCAAGAGCUGGGUGGAGACGAUCCCGGUUGGGGAGAAGGGGGUCGGGGAGGCGCUGGAACGGCUGCACAAGAAUGAUGUGAAGUAUAGGUUUACGCUGGUUGACUACGACAAGCAGUUUCAGUGA